AUGGAGCAAAAGAUGAAGUUAGAUGCCCUUACUAAGAAGGUCGAUGCCUUCGUCAUAGGGAAAUCCAUCAAUGCGGCAAGCCCAUUCCACGUGGAUUGCUGUUCCAUCUGUGCUAGCCCCAUUCACUCAGCACAAAAUUGUCCUUCUUUGCCAACCUUUGUCGAGUCAUCAAUGGAACAAGUUAAUGCUUUCAAUGACUUUAGGAAGCAAUCCAAUGGACCCUUCUCCGAGACUUAUAAUCCUGGGUGGCGAAACCAUCCUAAUUUUUCAUGGAAGCAGAGCCCACCAAUGAAUCAAGGGGGAGGACCUCAUCAAGCCCAUAAUCAAUAUCCCCCUGGAUUUCAUCAUCCUGUUCAUCAUCAUAGUCGCCAAGCACCGCCAGCACCAGCAUACCAACCCCCUACUCAAGCCCAAGCCUCUUCUUCACAGUCCACAUUAGAGGACACUCUCAAGGCCUUCAUGCAGCUUACAGGCCAGUCCAUCAAUGAAGUGAAGAAUACUACCAUGGUGAACACCCAAGCGAUUGCCAAGAUAGAGGUUCAAAUUGGAGCAUGUACAAGCUAUUGUCACACCUCUGGGAGACAAGUGGACAACCAAGUGGUUCUUCAUGAAGAGAACCCUGCUAAGCCUCAUGGGCAAGAUAGUGGCAACAAUGAGGAGAGAGAAGUGGAGCCAUCUAAAGUCACACCCAUCGUUGAUGAUCCUCCUAGGUCAUUUGUGCCUAAGGCGCCAUACCCAGAAAGAUUACUAGCACCUAAGAAGGGAGGGAAGUUUGAGGACAUUCUGGAGCAAGUGCCAUAUUAUGCCAAGUUCUUGAAGGACUUGAUUAAGGUUAAGAGGAAAACCAAUGUCCUGAAGAGAGUUUGUCUGACCGAGCAGGUUAGCUCAAUCCUUCAAUGCAAGAUGCCAUUAAAGUACAAGGACCCUAGGUGUCUAACUAUCUCUUGCAUGAUAGGUCUCAGCCGAAUUGAGAGGGCUUUAUUAGAUCUUGGAGCAAGUGUAAAUCUUUUACCCUCUUCGGUUUAUCUGCAAUUGGGGUUAGGAGAAUUGAAGCCUACAUCCAUGAAAAUUCAAUUGGCUGAUAGGUCGGUGAAAAGACCACGGGGAAUCAUUGAGGAUGUUUUGGUAAAAGUGGACAAGUUUUAUUUUCCCGUGGAUUUUGUUGUGCUUGACACAGAGCCGGUUCAAAAUGUUGGGAUUCAGAUACCGAUAAUUCUAGGGCAACCAUUCUUAGCUACUGCUAAUGCCAUGAUUAAUUGUAGGACAGGGGUAAUGAAUAUCUCUUUUGGCAACAUGACAGUGAAGCUGAAUAUCUUUGAUAUCAGCAAUCAGCCGUUAAAGUAUGAUGAGGUUGAAAGUGUAUGUUUGAUUGAGGAGAUCAAGGAGGACACUGUAGAUAAAUCAAGCAUUAAGGACCCCCUGGAGGCAUGUCUUACUCAAUUUGGAGAGGAUUUGAAUUUAGAUAAGUUACUUGAGCAAGCUGAUGUCCUUUUGGAGUUUACUCCUCUGGUGAGCAAUAAGAAUGAGGAGAACAUAGAUGAAUCAAACACAGAGGACCUCUUAGAGUUACUUGAGCAAGCUGAUGCCAUUUUGGAGUCUGCUUCUCUGGUGAACAGUGAGAAUGAGGAGACAGCAAUACCUGAGCCUCCUAAGAAGGAACUUACACCUCUACAAGACAUUCUUAAGUAUAAGUUCCUAGGUCCAGAAGAUGUUCUACCAGUGAGUAGAGCUUUGGAAUUGCUUGAUGCUCCAGAGGAAAAGUUACCAGAUGUUUUAAGAGAGCACAAGGAAGCUAAAGGUUGGACUAUGAUGAUAGCAAGUGGGUGA